UAUGUACAAUAUAGACAAUCAGCAACGGACUUGCCACAUAGUUUAUAAGCCUGGUUACUGUGGUCGCUGUGUCUCUCAACAGGCAUUAGAAUAUUUACUUCAUUCAGAAAAGUUCAUUAUACUCAACAUAAUUAUGGUUCAGCUUUGGAGAAUUAG